AUGGCAACUAAAGUUCCCACAGAAAUAUUAAUUAAAAUUUUAAAUAAUCUACAAUCAUCUCCUUCAACUCAAGAUUUAUAUUCAUCAUUAUUAGUUAAUCGAAUCUGGUGUAAAGUUACUAUACCUAUACUUUGGGAAUUACCUUUUGGUCGAGAAUGUUUUGGAUAUGAUAAGAAGUUGAGCAAGAAAGCGUUAUGUAUUCGAACAUAUAUAUCAUGUAUGGAUACUCAAGCUAGAAAUUUACUUAUUCAAAAUGGAUUUGAUUUAUCAUCAUCUCCACCUCAAGCUACUUUUAAUUAUCCAUCAUUCACUCAUAAAUUUAUAAUUAAUAAUUUAGUUUAUUUUAUUUCCAAAUAUUCAAAACACAUUAUUGGUAAAAAAAUCUUCGAAUUAAGAAUAUUAUUUCGUGAGAUAUCUAGAUUGAUAAUAACUCGUUGUUCAUUUUUGAAUUAUUUUAAAUUGGCGAGAGUUAGCGUAAAUUAUUCUUCAAAUUAUAGUGAUUCAAUUAAUUCAUUUCUCAAGUUACCUGGUGCCCCGAAAGUAUUUAAGAAAUUAGAAAGUUUUACUUCGACAAUAGGAAAUGAGCAUCCGAUUGGACCAUUAUAUGAAUCAUUAAUAUUAAUCUGUGACAACAUUUUAAAUAUGGAUUUAUUUUUGGGUUCAGAAGCUCGAACAAAAUUAUCAACAAAACUUAUUAGUGUUCAAAAACGGUUAGAAAAUUUAUCACUUAGUGCUAAUAAUUAUUUAAAUUUUAAUUCAUUAUUAUGGGCUAUCAUUAGUCAAAAAGAAACAUUAAAGAGUCUUCAUUUAAAAUUCAUAAGUUUUAAAAAUUUCGAGGGGAAAUCAUCACAAAUUGGACAAUUCACUUCACUUCAAGAGCUUUAUAUUAAGGAUUGUUAUGAAUUGCAUAAAUCGGAAUGUUUAUUUUUGGCUUCAUCAUUUACUCAAUUAAGUAGUUUUCAUUUUAUAAGAAUAUGUGAUGUACCCCAAGAAUUUAUUAUAAAAAUUCUCGAGACGGCCAAUUCGAAUUUAAAAAACAUUUGUUUAGAAUUAUAUUCCGCAAUUUCAUUUGAAAUAUUUUCAGCAAUUUUAAAUUAUUGUACAAGGAUUACAGAAUUAACUUUAUAUGGUUUAAGUUCUGAACAAGUAAUAGCAAUAUUUAAUAAUAAUUUUAAUGAUUUAAGAAGAUUUAGAUUUUAUUGUAGAGAAGAAGAAAUUGAUGCUACUGAAUUAUUAUACAAAAUGGCCGAGAAUGUACCAGAAUCAUUUGAAACUAUUGAGAUUAGAAUGAAAAAUGGUGAUCUUCGGAUAUUUAGUGCUAACAGUUUAAGAAAUUUUUCAAAGGGAGGUGUUGUUGUAAAGGAGGAGGAGGAAAUAAAAAAUUAA